AUGGACGAAACAGAGAUUGAUGAUUUAAAGGAUUUACAUUCCUUGGACAGGGUAACCAAACUUAUACCUCGACAAGUACUCAGCCAUAAGAUACAAAAUGUGGACCCUGUAGACAGAGAGAAUAGCGAGGAGAACAUUGUGUUGAAAAGGAUUAAAUGCGGAGGCAUAAAGGGAGAUACAGAGGACAUUGGAGAUUUGUUUGGGGUGAGUAAGAAGGAGGAAGAUGGGAAGGAAGACAUAGCAGAGGAUGAAUGGAGCACAGUGAUCUCUAAUAGGUUGAAUAGGUUUACAAAAAGGUCAGGAAAUCAACAGAAUCAACAAGAGACGGUGAAGAAUACGGUUGAGGAUCGACCAACCAAACUUCGUAAGAUAACGGACCUCAAUAUGGACGAAUUCUACCGAACAAACUCUGAGCUUAUUCGUAAAGGGGACCUUAAUGUUGACAAACAGAUUCAACAAAACUCCAAAGUGACCUACUAUACAACUGGAAACAAUAAUCUAUCGUCGGUGAUCAAUUUUACCGAAAAGAACAAGGAUCGAUUGAAUAAAAAACCAGAGAACUGA